AUGAAAUUUGACAAUGUGUUGUCAGAGAUCAACGGCUUUGGGACUUUUCAGUUUAGAAUAAUGCUUCUGUUGAUAUUUGGUCGGAUGUGCUUGCCGUUUAACUUCCUCCUGAAUAAUUUCAUCGCUGUCGUUCCCUCUCACCACUGCAACAUCGACUCUUUGGAUGAUGGAAGUGUUUUUAGGAAUUUGUCUGUGGCUGACAGGCUGAUCGUCAGCAUCCCUCUCGAACAAGAUGGAAGUCCAAACCCCUGCGAAAUGUUUGCAGAGCCCCAGUAUCACCUGUUGCUGAACUUCAGUUCGACUAAUGCUUUACCCACAGUGUCGUGCAAAAAUGGAUGGAUAUUUGACAACAGCACCUUUAAGUCCACUAUAGCCUCGGAGUGGGACCUGGUUUGUGACAAGAAGAAAAUUAACAGAGCCAUAGCCACUGUCUUCUUCAUUGGUGUCAUGAUUGGAGCAGUCAUCUCUGGUUAUCUUAGUGACAGGUUUGGCAGGAAAAGAGCAAUUCUGCUGUGCUACAUCACCACCACCAUUUUUGGAUUUGCAAGUGCUUUCUCCUAUAACUUCAUGCUGUUUGCUGCCAUGAGGUUUUUCACUGGAGUUGGACUUUCUGGAAUAAGCAUAAUCUCCUAUGUCAUUUGUCUUGAGUGGGUUGACAUCAAGCAUCGCACUGCAGCUGGUAUUUUAAUGAGCCUGGACUGGAGUAUUUUCACAGCUGUGAUACCUCUUUUAGCCUAUUUUUUGACUGACUGGAGACAUCUGACUGCGGCUGUAACCGCCCCGCAGCUCGUCGCUUUAAUCUGUUGGCGGUUUCUGCCUGAGUCUGCCAGAUGGCUGAUAAGUAAUGGCAACUGUAAUUUGGCUCAUUCUUACCUGAGAAAGUGUGCACAAGUCAACAAAAGGCAAGAGUUCAUGGCUGAAAUCAGUCCUCAGGUCCUGUCCAAAGUAAUACUUGUUGAAGAUGAAAGCAAAAAGUAUUCCUAUGCUGACCUACUGCGGACCCCCAAUAUGAGAAAACUGGCUGUACUUACAGGCAUUGUCUGGUUUGCAGUGGCCUCUACGUAUUACGGAAUCAGCUUGAAUGUCUCUGGAUUUGGUGUGAACAUUUAUCUCACACAGUUCAUCUUCGGCAUUAUAGAAAUUCCAGCAAAAGCAAUAGUUUAUUUCUCAGUGGACAAAAUUGGCCGAAGGCUGGUUCAGGCUGGGAUGGUCUUGCUGACUGGACUGUGUCUUUGCUGCUCCAUGUUCAUCCCCAGAGAUAACGGGAGCUUUCAGACGGCUGUGGGAGCGUUGGGGAAGAUGUUCUCUGAGGCAGCCUUCACGACGCUAUAUCUGUACUCCACAGAGCUGUACCCCACAGUACUCAGGCAAAAUGGACUGGGUUACUGCUCCUUCUUGGGCCGUCUCGGCGUGUCCAUAUGCCCUCUGAUCCUGCUUCUCGAAGACUCCUGGGCCCAUCUACCAAAUAUGGUUUUCUUCCUAGUUGCCCUCGCUGGGGGAGUAUCGGCCUCUUUUCUUCGUGAGACGAAAAACACACGACUUCCAGAGACUAUUGAUGACGUGGAGCAAACAAGUGGCCGAUCAAUCAACACGCCUGACGAACAACCUCCUCCACUGUGA